AUGCGGGUACUUCGGAGACGUCGGGAGCAUGAUUUGACGUAUCAAACAAAUAUUCAAGAUAGCCUACUUGCUUGCAAGCAAAACAUGCCACAGAAGAAGAAAGAUUUUCAUUUAGACCUGUGGUUCUGCCUAACACUGCAGAAUUGGAUUCUAGACUUUGGACGGCCUAUUGUCAUGAUCAUGCUCCCACUUGAGUGGUUUCCCCUCAACAAACCAAGUGCUGGAGACUAUUUCCACAUGGCCUACAAUGUCAUAACACCUUUCCUCAUGCUUCAGUUGGUUGAGCGAAGUCCAAAGUCACUACCUCGCCCAGUAGUCUACCUCUGCAUCAUCACUUUUGUCAUGGGAGCCAGCAUCCACCUUGUGGGAGACUCUAUCAACCACAGACUCAUUUUGAGUGGCUACAAGCUCCAUCUUUCAGUCAGAGAAAACCCAAUCAUUCGAGACCUCAAACCUGCCUCACUGAUUGACUCAUUUGAGCUGCUGUAUUAUUAUGAUGAACAUCUGGGACAUUUAAUGUGGUAUAUUCCCUUCUUUAUCAUUCUCUUCAUCUACUUUACUGGAUGUUUCACAAAUUCUUCAGAGCAGAAGAUUCCAGUCACCGGGAAGCUGUUACUUGCACCCAGCGCACUCUAUUACUGGUACUUGGUCACAGAAGGACAAAUCACUGAACUCUUUCUCCUCACCUUCUUUGCAAUGGUAGCCAUGGUGAUUCAUCAAAGGCAUAUUGGCUUGAACCCGGACAGCAAUGGACUUUUCUUGUUCUAUAGUUUCUGUUUUACUGUGCUUCUAGUAGUUUUAUGGGUUGCCUUCCUAUGGAAUGACCCCGUGCUACGCAAAAAAUACCAGGGCUUAGUGUAUGUUCCUGAACCAUGGUCCUAUUACACGUCACAUAUAAAGAAUGUUUCCUGA